AUGUCUCACACGGAGGUUGAGAUAGCUGGAAGUGGAUUCCAUAGCCUUUCUGUCGACCUGAACGAUGACUGCUUAUCUGGCCGCGUCCCGUCGAUGCUACGGACGAACAACUUGGGUGCCAGGAGAAACUCUUAUGGGCUUCACAAAAUUAACAUGGACAUUGACCCACAACUCUAUUGCGGCGCGCUUUCAAAGGCUCUGUCCUGGUCCGCGGAGAAUAUCUUAACUUUAAAGGAGGCCAGAAUUGAGGAGAACGACAAAACGGAGACUCCGACGGCGUCUCCAUCUCGCGUCUCUUGCGCGGGCGCGAGCAUCACCGGCAGCACGUCCCCCUGUACCCAAGUCUCGGACCCGGUCACCCCUCUGGUGAACAACUGGAGCUCGGUCCCGAGCCCCAACAGACAAGAUGCCAGCUCGGACUCAGACAAUGAGCUUGUUCAAAAUAAACCACACGUGUUCUCACGCAGUCCGUAUGAAAGCAAAUGGGAACAGGAGGAGAGGGAGGAAAUUGAGACCAAAGCUGUGGCCACCUCACCUGAUGGAAGAUACCUGAAAUUCAACAUUGAGAUUGGGAGGGGUUCGUUUAAGACCGUUUAUAAAGGACUGGACACAGAGACUACUGUGGAAGUGGCAUGGUGCGAGCUGCAGACGCGUAAACUGACCAAGUUGGAGCGGCAGAGGUUCAGUGAGGAGGUGGAGAUGCUGAAGGGUCUGCAGCACCCUAACAUUGUCCGCUUCUACGACUCCUGGAAGGACAACUCCAAGGGCCUCAAGUGCAUCCUGCUGGUCACCGAGCUCAUGACCUCAGGCACCCUCAAAAUGUACCUGAAGAGGUUCAAGGAGAUGAAGCUGAAGCUGCUGCAGCGUUGGAGUCGGCAGAUCCUGAAGGGGCUCCACUUCCUCCAUACCCGCACCCCUCCCAUUAUCCACAGGGACCUCAAGUGUGACAACAUCUUCAUCACCGGCCCCACCGGCUCAGUCAAGAUAGGAGACCUGGGCCUGGCCACACUCAAAAGUGCCUCCUUUGCUAAAAGUGUCAUUGGUACCCCAGAGUUCAUGGCUCCAGAGAUGUAUGAGGAGAAGUAUGAUGAAGCUGUGGAUGUCUAUGCCUUUGGGAUGUGUAUCCUGGAGAUGGCCACCUCAGAGUACCCCUACUCCGAGUGUCAGAACGCAGCCCAAAUCUACCGCAAAGUCACCAGUGGGAUGAAGCCAGACAGUUUCUACAAAGUCAAGGUCCCAGAGCUCAAAGAGAUCAUCGAAGGAUGUAUCCGGAUGGACAAAGAUGAAAGGUACACCAUCCAGGAUCUGCUGGAGCACACGUUCUUCCAGGAGAACAACGGCAUCCAUGUUGAGUUGGCUGAGGAGGACGACAUGGUGAAGUCAGGCCUGAAGCUGUGGCUCCGCAUGGACGACACCAAGAAACUCCAUGGGAAAUACAAGGACAACAACGCCAUCGAGUUCCUGUUCGAACUCUACAAGGACGUGCCAGAGGAGGUGGCGCAGGAGAUGGUAGUGCUGGGCUUCGUGUGCGAGGCCGACUUCAAACUUGUGGCCAAGGCCAUCCGGGACCGCGUCAACGUCAUCAAGCGCCAGCGUGACAAACUGCGCCGCCUCGCAGAGAAGAAGCAGGAAGAGGAGGAGCCCAAGCCUGCACUGCAGCCACCCUCCCCGAAAAUCAACAGGUCUCCAUCAAAGCCCCCUCAGAGCCUCAUAGGCGUCCACACCCUCACCCCGGCACAGAGCCAGGAUCACCCCCCCCCGAACCCGAUGACCCCCGACCUGUCCCCCGUCAACAGCUCUCUGGACUCGGGCAUCAAUGCCAGCUUCAUCCAUGAACCUGAGGAACCAGAGGCAGACCAGCACCAGCAUUUCCAGGUCCACCACACCAGCUGCUCCUCGGCCAACUCUGACUGUAAGACAGAAGGCUAUCUCAGCUCCUCUGGCCUCCACAACCCCCUGGAGAUAGUGGUCAGCCUCAACAGGUCAACCUUGACCCCUCCCACCCUGACCCAAAACACUGGGACUGGGACUACUGCCCUCAACAGACACCCUCAGCACCACACCAUCCCAGCCCUCCGCUUCCCCUCGAGUAUUGCAGUAUUGGGUAAUACGGAGCAUGGCCACUCUGGAGGACACUCUACCAGCGGCUUCAACUCACCUGUGGACAGCUACGCCUCUGACGUCACCUCAGGUUUGAGUGACGGCUACGAGGGCCUAUCAGAGAGGAGUGGCAAGACUGCUGCCGGGCGCACGGCUGGCAAGCUGUUCCGGAGGAGAGCCCGUUCAAGACUGCGCAUCACUGGGCUCUCUGACAAAGACGACCGGGUGGUGGAGUGUCAGCUGCAGACUCACAAUGACAAGAUGGUUACCUUCAAGUUCGACCUGGACGGAGACAACCCAGAGGACAUCGCAGCUGUCAUGGUACACAAUGAGUUCAUCCUGCCAUCGGAGAAGGAGGGUUUCAUCCACCGCAUGGGUGACAUCAUCAAGAGGGCGGAGACUCUGAUGAAGGAGCACAUGGUCCACGUGGGCGGCAGCCAUGGAGCGCCACGCCCACAAUACCACAACGGGGUCAACUCACUGUCUGCAUCACAGCCUAAUCUCCACAGUUACAUUCUGGAGCAGACACACUCUUCCUUCUCUCUACCAGACUUCAGCAUGGCUAACCCCAGUGUAGGGGUGCGUGGUUCUCCCCCGGGCCCCACUGGUGGAGGAGACUUCUUCAGCCCAGCAGACGUGACUUCACCUGCAUGGAGACCUCUAUUACGCUCCCAGUCUUUCCACAAUGCCCCAGGUACCCAGCACUACCACAUGCCCCCCUUCAUGGGCUACACACACUUCCCUUUCCUUUAUCCAGUGAACCCCGGUUCCCCCAAACCAGCCCAUCCUCCCCUCACACGGGUCGCCAGCAACCCCACGUUACCCUCCGUUUACUCCCCAGCCCCAGGCUUCUCCGGCGGCCCACACUCUGAUGCCCCGAGCCCCUCUGAGUACAGCGGGGAGGGGAACCCCAUGUCCCCCUCUGCUUACCCCCAGCACCCCAACUUGUGGCCUUCCCACACACAGCCCCUCUUCUCCCUGGCCAACGUGAUCUCCAUGGCGAUGAGCAUGGCCCACUCCUUCAUCCCCACCAACAGCCUGGCCAACCAAGGGAUGCCCUCCAUAGCAGGCUUCCACCCCCAGCUAACCCACCCCCAGUCGGGCUACCCGUCCGUCUACUCUCCCCACUACCAGACAGCUCCAGUGGAGGUCCCCUACCCCCAGGGUGGGAUGCCUGGCCAAGGGCAGCAGCACAGUGUCUACCAGGGCCCAGACACUCCACCACAGAUACAGAGGGAUGGGUCUGGGUCUGUGUACUCUCAAAACAGACACCCCAGCUGGCAGCAUAACCACAUAUCUCCCUCUAUGAUGGGUUACAACACCCCUCCAAGGAACCCACAGAUGGUGUCACAGCAAACAGCGUCUUACAGCCCUCUAAGACAUUUACAGAAUAGUUCCCAGGGAACCUACAUGGUUCCUCAGGACCAAUCUGAUGUGUCCAGCUCUGCAUCAGGGUCUGACCUGUCCCCCUCGCCAACAGACAGCCCCGAGAGCACAUUAUCAUCGUUUAGCUCAACCACACCAAUGUCCAGACCAAUGGUGCCUGAGCUGAAUGCCAGUGCUCCCAAGCCCAGAGUAUCUCCCAGUUACACAGAUCCCCCGCCUGCUGUUGUCACUGUGGGCCGUUUCCAGGUCUCCCCUAGCAUGGAGAUCCCUGUGACUGCUGUACCAGGUGGACAGGGCUCUAACCCCACCAGGCCCAUGUCAGUGGGCAGCACCCCCACCUCCAAGAGCAGCACAGAGGAGCAGGAGCAGGGGGGGUCAGAGACCAGCCUGAACACCUCCCUCACUCUCUCCCCCCCACACCGACAACUUACUAUGGGGGAGGACCGGGAGGUCCAAGUAGGGUGGGCCGAGACCAAGGAGCAGCAGCAGGAAGAGGAGGAGGAUGAACAGAGGGAUGAAGAUGAGGAGGUGCAGGAGAAGGAAGAAGCGGAGGAGGAGGAAGCACAGCAGACAGUGAGGAGGAGGAGGAGGAGGAGAGCGUGCAGCCUGAUGGAUAUGUCUGCAGACAGCGGCCUGUCCGUCAUGGACUCAGAGGGGCGUGGCCUGUGGGAGGGAGGGGCAGGGAGCCCCACCUACAACUCGGCCCUGUGGCUGAGCUACAGCCGUAACUUCACGUACCUGAGCAGUGACGACUCAGAGAGCGAGGACAUGUGGGAGGAGCUGCAGGAGAUGAGGGAGAAACACAUGGCGGAGGUGCAGAGUCUCCAGGCCACACAGAAGAGGGAGAUUGAAGAGCUGUAUGAGAGGAUGGGGAAGGUUCCCCCUGCGGGGAUUGUCUCUCCUGCCGCCAUGCUGUCCAGUCGCCAGCGCCGCCGCUCUAAGGAAAGGAGUUACGUCUCCUCCUCCCGCAGAAACAGCCUGCAGCGCCUGGACAUGCUCCCCCUCCAAGGUAUCAUUAGGAGGAACUCUCUGGGUGGCAGCAGCAGUAACAGCUCUCUGGAGAAGCCCUCUAAAGGGGUGACUUUUGCCUCUGAUGUCAGUAGAAUGGUGGGUUUCCACAUUGUCCUUACAGUGGCCAGGUCCGAAUACUUCUACUUGCGUUCUAAAUAG